UUUUAUGUCCACAUUUUUAUAAAAAAAAUUUAUAAUGUUUUAUGAAUUUGGUAUACAUAGGUAUUUAGCGUACGGUUGAAAAUGGUGAAGAAAAUAUUAUGCGAAUACUGUAAUAUAACGUUUGCAGACAACUUAUCAAGUCGUAAUCUACAUUUCAACAGCAACUCGCACAAAAAGAACAGAAGAAAUUAUUUUUCGUUGUAUAAAGACGCUAUAACAUUAUUUCUCGAGGAACGUCAAAAACAACCGUGUCGACGAUUUAGAACUACUGGACAGUGUCAAUUCGGUUCUAACUGUAAUUAUUCUCAUUACACCUUUGAACAAUUAAUUGAUCUAAUCAAUCAAGAAAACCAAAAAAAAAUUUUUAGACAAGUGGAAAACAUUAAUUCAAUUCCUACAUUGGAUUCGUGGUUAAUAAAAUAUCAACAGAAUUUAUACACUAGAAGCACAGACAGUGAAACAAAUACCAAAAACUUUCAAUUAAAUUAUCAAUAUAGAAACUUACCAUCAUUAGCUCCAAUCACUAAUUUUGAUAAACUAAAGAGUAUAACUCUAAACACUUGGUCGAGUUUCCAAGGAUGACCUCUAUAGUUCAUCAAAAAAACGGAACAGACUUAAAUAACUCAAUUUCUUCUUCUACAUUGAAUUCUAAUUCCAAUAUGAUCUUCUACAAGUCUGAGUUUCAUGAGCAGUCUGAAAACAAUGCUCUACCAAACAAACCAGUUCAAGACUGUUUGACUGAUAAUCCUAAACUAAAUAUUUCUAUUAGUAAUGUAGUAACAAACUUCAGUUUAAAGUCACAUUUAAACUUACGAUACUUAGCUCUAAAUGGUAACAAUAUAGAAUACAGACGUGAAAAUGGGAUGUUAACAAUGAAACUACGCAAGCCAAACGCCACAGCCACUAUUUGGUCUAGUGGGAAAAUUGCUUGUACAGGUUCUACAUCUGAAACUCAUGCUAAAAUUGCAUCCAGGCGUUUUGCUAGAAUCAUUCAAAAACUUGGUUAUCACAAUGCUAAAUUUAGCAGCUAUAGGAUUGUCAAUGUUCUUGGAUCAUGUUCAUUACCGUUUCCGAUCAAAGUCAUACAGUUUUCGGAAAAGUAUAAAACAAUUGCUCAGUAUGAACCCGAGUUACAUCCUGGUGUUACUUUUAAGAUCAAAGAAUUAAAAGCUACAUUGAAAAUAUUUUCAACAGGCAGUAUUACAGUAACUGCUCCAAGUGUAGGGAAUGUUUACCAGGCAAUCGAGCAAAUUUAUCCCAUGGUAUUUCCAUUUCGUCGAGAGAAAACUGCAGAAGAUGAAAGAGUAACACGCAAAUUAAUGACAAAAAAACGAAAUUUCACUGAAAUUGAUGAAAAUGUAUCAAUUUAUAACUCGGCAAACAGUGUAACAAAACGAAAUUGUGAUGGAUUAGCCAUUGGAAUAGUUAAAGUUGAAAACAAUUUAGAAAAUAUUAAACAAAAAUAUGAAAAUGAUCUCUGAAAAAUAUUUCAGUUACCCAAACUGAACACCACUUACAGUUUAGCACAUUACAGCAGAUUUUUUUUUAUAAUUUUCAUCAAGUCUUAAAUGUUUAAAACAAAUCAUACCUUAAAAUGGAAUUAUUAAUAUUUUUAAAAUGAUCAUUAUGAUAAAUGUACAAAAAUUAAUUUUUUUUUAGCAUUUUACUUUAGAUAUAAGCUAAUAAAAUCUAGAUAACUAGUCUUUGUGUUUUACAAAAUGUACAUGUAUACAUGUAAUAUUUAUAUUAUAUCUAUAUAUUUUUUUUUUGUGUGUUAAUGUUCCUCGUUAGUUACAAAAAUAAUUUUGCUUUUAAGCUUUUUCCUCAUAUUAUUAUUUUUUUUUUUUUGUUCCAUUAGCUAUAAAAAAAAACAUUUUUAUGAAGUUUCCAAAUAAUUUCUCAUGAAUUUUAGUAUGAACAGCAGUAAUAAAAGCAAUAAUAAUAAUUUUAAUAUUAAUUUUUUUUGUAAAUGAGUAAAUAAGAAGAUGUGUUGCUUUUUAUAUAAUUGGUGCAUUGGUUAUUAUUUUGCAUAAAAAAA